AUGAGCUACUAUGUGUCAUGGAGAUGUUUAUUCCUGGUCCUCGGCAUACUGAACUCCAUGUUUCUGAGUUGUUCGGGCUGCUUCAUUGAGGAGAGAGCAGCCCUCAUGGAUAUUAGCUCUUGGUUCAUGAGCGUGCAGUACAUGGUUCCCACUUCUUGGGGAGGCGAUGAUGACUGCUGCUCGUGGGAAAGGGUCACAUGCAACAGUAGCACGCGACGAAUAUCGCAUCUUGACCUUUCCCAGGACUUGACCCCAUACUCGCCUAGUAUGGAAGACGAAAGCUCGAAUCUUAACUUGAAGAUUUUUUCUUCGUUUCGGGAGCUUCAGCUACUGGAUUUCUCUGGACAAGAAGCUAAUUUACAAAAUUUCGAGGGUCUCCAAGGAUUGAGUAAGCUCAAGUAUCUUGACCUCAGUGACAACCAAUUGUUCGGGGGUAUCCCAAGAUCCAUCGGCAGAUUGGUUUCUUUGGAAGCCAUAAAUCUCAAUCGAAACAACAUGGGUGGGGCUCUUCAGAAUAUAGGUUUCCAAAAUCUCCGGAACCUACGAGAAUUGCAUUUGAGAUCCAAUGGAUUGAGCGGUAGCCUCCCUGCAUCUUUAUUUGCGCUUCCAUUCCUUGAGCACUUGGAUCUUUCAGAAAACCUCUUUGAAGGACAUAUACCUAUAAACUCAUCUUGGAACCUGCGAGAACUUUAUUUGACAUCCAAUCAAUUGAGUGGUAGCAUCCCAGCAUCCCUAUUUGCACCCCUAUACCUUGAGUACUUGGAUCUUUCAGGAAACUUCUUGCAAGGACCUAUACCUAUAAACUCGUCUUGGAAAUGUUCCUCGUUGCUUAAAACUAUCAGGUUAUCUGAUAACAAGCUAAGCGGUCCAUUUGAUUUCUUCUGGAUAAGAAACUGCACGAAGCUCAAACAGAUAGAUCUGUCCAGGAAUACCGAUUUGGUUGUUCAAGUGAAAAUGCAUGGCUGGGUACCUAAAUUUAGAUUGAGAACACUAAAGCUCUCUUGGUGUAACCUUGACAAGAGCAUCAUUACAGAACCACAUUUCCUACGCACACAGCAUCGUCUGAAGUUUCUUGAUUUGUCCAACAAUAAUUUACCUGGAAGCAUGCCCAGUUGGCUGUUGACAAAUGAAGUGACACUAAUUUACCUGAAUCUUGCAAAUAACUUACUAGUUGGAUCAUUAGAUCUGAUAUGGCAACACCAAACCAAUCUCAAACUGGUGAACAUAUCUCUGAACCUAGUUGAAGGACAGCUGUCAGCCAACAUCAGUUUGAUGUUUCCUAAUCUGGUUGUUCUUGAUGUUUCCCACAAUAUUAUUUCUGGAACAAUACCACCAUCACUGUGCCACAUGAGCAACUUAUCAGUUAUGGACCUAUCAAAUAACAAAUUUACAGGAAAAGUGCCAUCUUGCUUGUUCACUGAUUGCCAUAGUCUGGAUAUAUUGAAGCUCUCAAACAAUACUCUCGGGGGCAAGAUAUUUGAUGGAGCUAGUAGCUUCUCUGCUGACCUGUGGGGAAUAUACCUAGACAACAACAAAUUUGAAGGGACUUUCCCUAGAAAUCUGUCUGGGGAUGUAGCCAUCAUGGAUUUACAUGGUAAUAAGAUGUCGGGAGAACUGGACACUUCAUUCUGGGAUCUUCCUGAACUGCGUGCUUUGAGCCUUGCUAGUAAUGGUUUAACUGGUGGCAUUCACCGAGGAAUUUGCAAAUUAACACUUCUUGAUAUGUUAGAUCUGUCAGACAACUACUUUACAGGGCGUAUGCCAAACUGCAGCACUUCAUUAUACCUCGAGUUUCUGAGUGUGUCUGGGAAUUCACUGUCAGGCUUGCCGGAUGUCUUUUUCAACAGCACCUACAUUACAGCUUUGGAUCUCAGCCAUAAUCAGUUCACAGGCAACCUUGACUGGAUGCUUUAUCUUACUCAAAUCAGUGUAAUUUUGUUAAGCAGAAAUAACUUUCAGGGGCAGAUCUCUUCAAAUCUGUGUAAUCUCCAACACUUGAGUAUAAUUGACAUUUCGAACAACAUACUUUCGGGUUCCAUACCACCAUGUAUUGGUGGCAUUCCAUUUGGACUCCUUGAUGAUGCUUAUGAAUACGAUGGUUGGCCCUCAGGUGGUAGUAGUACUUAUGAAUUGGGGGAUUAUGGUGUGGACUCACUGUAUAGCAGUGAGUAUGACCUCUCAGGCUUCACCUUCACAACUAAAGGGAACCCCUAUACAUACGGACGGAACUUCUUCAUGUCGAUGUCUGGCAUUGACUUUUCUGCAAACAUGCUGUCAGGUGAGAUUCCGAAGGAGAUAGGGAAUCUGAGCCACAUCAAGUCACUCAAUUUGUCGAACAAUUUAUUUACUGGACCAAUUCCUGCAACCUUCGCAAACAUGAGUGAGAUCGAAAGCUUAGACCUAUCAAAAAACAUGCUGAAUGGAUCGAUACCAUGGCAGAUAACUCGGCUAUCAUCGCUAGAGGUGUUCUCUGUGGCAGACAAUAACUUAUCGGGAUGUCUACCAGCCACUGGUCAGUUCAGCACAUUCGAUAUGAACAGUUACAAAGGGAACAACAACCUUAGAUCAUGCACUUCAAGUUCAGGUCCCAUGGCACCAAAUGGUGUUGCAGGAAGUGUGGCUGAUGAUUCUGACCCGAUCCUUUACGUGGUCGGUGCCAUUUCAUUCGUCUUGGCAUUUUGGGCCACUAUCACAUUCGUAUUCUGCCAUCCAUUUGGGCAGCGUCUUAUUCUCAAACUGUAA